UAAGGGAAAAUGAUUUUUAGCCAGGAAUUAUGUGACCCUGCAAAAUUAUUUCUGUACAAAGGCAACAGGAAGACAUUUCAGAUAAGCAGCGGUGAAGAAAGUUUACCACUCAGGUACUGUCCUUGAAAAAUUUGCUGGAAGAUAUACUGCAGCCAGGAGAGAGCAUGAAUUAAAAUAACUCAAGAGUAGAGAGACAAUUGUAUGAAAGAAUUAACGGUUCCCCGUGUCCGUUCAGCCAGUUCCUGUCCCUUCCUGCCUUCUCAUCCUGCCUCCGGACAGGAGCUGCCUAUGUGGUCUCAGUUUACAGGCCUGUGAAUCAACAGAUAAUGUACCUGUGGAACCAAACACAUGGAGCCUUGUCUGCAUCUGGACUUAAUUUGGAUGACAUAAUCCUGGACUUCGGUGAUUAAAUGAAAUGUUGGGGUCUUGGGAAUAGAAAAGUGUAGUUUGCUUGUAGGACAGACAUGAAUCAUUGUAGGCAGAGGGAAGAUUGAUACAUAGUUAUAUAAUGGUUUUCGAUGAAUCACGACUUCAUGUGUUCCAUGCCCCUUUGCAAUGUGACAUUGCAGAUGAAGAGACUUCCUUUGACCAAUAGAAUGUGGUGGAAGUGAAUUUGUUUGAGAACCAGAGCCUAGACCUUAAGAGGCCUCAUGGCUUCCACCUUGCCCUCAUAGAAACUGCUUUGAGACUAACAGACAUGAAGAAGCCUGUAAUGAAAGACUAUACCCGGCCAUCCCAGCUGUUGCAACCAAGCCCAGCUCCCAGCCCACCUGCCAGCUGAACAUACCUGCAUGAGUAAACCCAAGCGAGGUUGACAGAAUAACCACCCAAUCAACCUACAGAAUCAUAAGAAAUAAUAAAUCACGUUGUUUUAAGGCACUGGUCUUUGGUGUGAUUCGUUACUCAGCGGUAGGUAACUGGAACACUAGCUUAAGCACAGUACAUUUCCUACUCCCUCAUAAAUUAUCUGUUUAUAUAGCACCUUUUAUUCCAACAUACACAUCAGUUCAUCUCAUCAGUAGAAAUGGCAAAGUGCCACAAUCAUAAAAAUGCCUUUGACUGAUGAAUAUUAGUUAACAUUUACUGAGCAACCCUAAAAUUCUGUAUUCUCUUUAAACUAGAAUGAAAUGAUACUCAUCUAAUACAAGUUUUUUUGCUUUCUGUGAAACAACAUUGCUGCAAAUAAAAUCUUAGUAUACCUACUACCUUUUUAAAUAUUGCAAGAAGAGUAAUUGUCAUUAGCUGUCACUCUCAAAUGAAUUUUUGAGAAUCUAUGUAAUGGAAGAAGGCAACAACAACAACAAAAAACCUCUUCUACUGAACAUGAUGUGGGCAAUAUAGAAACCCUAGUUAUAGAGAUAUACUAGAAAACAAAAACACUGGGCAGUCAGAUGGCAAAACUGUCAUCAUCAAAAAGCUGAGAAUUUCUCCUAAUUUUCCUGUGAAAUAAUUUGUUUUAGUAAGCUUCUGGGACUGUGGAGAAUUUAUUUUUUCACUCAUUCCUCUCUCUGGCAAAUACUGAGUGCCUGUUUUACUACAUGCCAGGAACUGUGCUAGAUACCGGAGAUAUAAUAGUGAAUGAGAUAUAUAUGGCUUCUGACCUCACAAAAUCAGUUGGGAGUGGAGGGUGGGUAAUGGGAAGUAAACAAAAGAAUGUGCUAAGUGAUACGAUAACCUGUUGCCAUCAUGCUGAUUCUGACUCAUAGUGACCAUAUAGGACAGAGUAGAACUGCCCCACAGUGUUUUCAAUGUUGUAAACGUUUACAGAAGAGAAGCAGAUUGCUACUACAUCCUUCUGAGGAGCACCUGGUGGGUUCCAACUGCUGUCCUUUUAGUUAGCAGCAGUGUGCUUAACCACUGCACCACCAGGGCUCCUCCAAGGACAUGAUAGGACACUAUAAAUAAAAAAAAAAAAAAAAAAAACAUAGUAACAGGAUUUUAGUGACUCUUAUUAAAAAGUUUUCUUUAACUUAAUAGCACCCAGACUGCUAUUGUAAGAAGGCUAUUUGUUUUGUAAAUGUCAGGCACUUUGGCAGGGAGGGCUACAUCUUGACCCCUCCCCUUCCAGGUUCCUCCAAAAAACCAAACCAAACUCAUUGCCAUCAAGUAGAUUCUGACUCUUAGUGAUCCUAUAGGACAGAGUAGAACUGCCCCAUAGGGUUUCCAAGGAGCGGCUGGUGGUUUUGAACUGCUGACCUUGUGGUUUGCACCUGAACGCUUAAUCACUGCACCAAUAAAUGUCCUUGGAUUAUGUUAUAUGGGGAUCCUUAUAUUGUAUCCUGAUUUUACUGACCCACAAAAGCUGCCACAAAAUAGAAAAUACCAUUCUUUUAUUUCCCCUUAGGAUUUCUAGCUGAUGCCUAAGUGGAUUUUCUGGAAGAAAGAGUACAGUGUGUCUUCAGAGAGCAAAACCAAGACCAUUCUUAAUGUAAUGUGCAAAGUAGUUUCAAAUGUCUAAAGUCUGCUUUUCCUCAUGCUCCUUUAAAACUACAUCUAGGACUACCAGCUUCAUCUUUGGUUUCUUUUCUGACUGUGUGAUCUUUUAGGCAUCUUGAGGACAGGGACCAUGCCCUAUUCAUCAUCUCUGUAGACCCAGUAAAUGCAAUAAAUGUUUGUUGAAUGACUCAAAGACUCAUUGCAGGAAAAUUAUCAUUGGAGACCGUUACUAUUUUCCUGUAACAUUAUUAUCUGGGCAUGUUCAAAACUUUGAUUUGUUUUUGUAUUUUAUGCAAAUCACUCCCUAGGAUAAUAUGGCAAUCAAAAAAUAAAAUAAAAAUAUACACAGAAAGCAAGAAAUGUACUUAUAUUUGUUUACUCAUUUACAUGUAAAAGUUUAUUUUAAAAUAUUAAUUAUCUCAAGAAACUUGUUUUUAAUUGUCCUACGUUAUUUUUAAACUUCAUUACUGUACAGGCAGUCUCCGGAUUAGGAAUGGGUUCUGUUCCUAAUUUGUCAUUAAAAGUCAAAUUGUGGUAAGUUGGAAUAGUUAGUUAUGGUUGAUAUCUAACUGUCAGUUAGUCAAAUGUUUGUUUUAGUAUAUAGUGCAUCUUUCUAUGCAUAAAAAAAAUUAAAGAAACACUUCCAGAUACUCAAAUAUCUUUAUCUAAGGUCAGUGGUGGUAGCUGGGCACCAUAUAGUUCUUCUGGGCUCAGGCUGGUAGAGGCUCUGAUUCAUGUGGUUUUUUAGUCCUUUGGGCUAAUAUUUUCCUUGUGUCUUUGGCUUUCUUCAUUCUCAUUUGCUCCAGCUGGGAUGGGACCAAUAGGUGGCUGCUCACGAGCUUUUAAGGCCCCAGGCACUACUCAUCAAAGUAGGAUGUAGAACAUUUUCUUUAUGAAUUAUUGAUCUAGAAGUCCCAUGACAGUACAGUUCCCAGCCCCAGCAACUCAGUCCCUCAUGGUAUUUGGGUAUGUCUAGAAGCUUCUAUGACUUUGCCUUGGUCAAGUUGUGCUGACUUCCCAUAUAUUGUGUGUUGUCUUUCUCUGCACCAAAAUUGACACUUGUCUAUUAUCUAAUUAGUGAUUUCCCCCUCCCCAACCCUCCCCACUAAUAAUAAUGCUUGAUGUGAGGCACCCAUUUGUUUUUAGGAACCAUUGUAUGUACCACAAAAUUUUAAUAUACUAGGCUUUGCGGGGGGUGGGGGGGAUGUUGGUUAGUUGUAGUGAGUUGUAUGAAAGUCGGACAUUCGUAACCUGGGGCUGCCUGUGUAUGUAAGAUAGCAACCUAUUUCGUAAAAUGAGACUUAAAGAAGCCAACGCACUAUGUACGGCUUUAAUUAGGUACUUAUUACUAGAGUGCCAAACAGGUAUUAAAAAAUGCAGUAAGAGAAAGCAGGGUAUGCCAACACAUUCAAAAAUGUAUACUUCCUCUUAGACUGGAGAUGUUGAAAAGCUUUUGCAUGACAAAAGAUGAACCUCUCAAAAAAGAAUUGACAACCCUAGGAAUAAACUUUUUUCAUAUAAUUGCUGCAAAGUUUGAUAGCAAAGAGUCCCUCUUCCUCCCCAGAGGGACUAAACUUGAUAUCUGUGUUUGCUCUAGUUUUCCUGUAAUCAAGUCACAGCCCGUUUCUCUUACCCUUUUCAGGUUGCCCUUUCCCCUCCUUUUCCUUACUUAAGAAAAUGCAAAAUACAAAGAAAAGAAGAGUUGUAUAGCCCCCUCUCCAUCUACUCCGCCCCUUUUUUGGUUACUUCGCACCUUCCUUUUCCCACAUUUCCCAGUCCGUCCUAAUGUGUUCCUUUUUUCUCUGUGGGGCUUGGCUCCUGCUCCUCCCUUUCUUCCCCUCCUCCUCUCCCAGUCCCUUUCUUUCUUCUCUCCACCUCCCCUAGUCAUGCUUCCCGGCGCGCUUCCCCUCCCCCGCCUCCUGUUCCCGCAUCUUCCCAUCCCCCAGCCUUCUGCCUUGUGACACAUCCUGGGCCCUCUUGGAGGCGGCAGCAGCGGCAGCGGCAGCAGCGGCAGUAUUAGCAUUACACGCCACCUCCACCAAAGCCGCAACCCCGGCUCAGCCUCCCUCUGGCCUCUCUGCUGCUGCAGUCAUGGCUGCUGAUGGGGUGGACGAACGCUCGCCCCUGCUGUCAGCAUCUCACUCGGGCAAUGUCACUCCCACGGCCCCACCGUACUUACAAGAAAGCAGCCCCAGAGCGGAACUCCCACCUCCAUACACAGCCAUUGCCAGUCCAGAUGCCGGUGGUAUUCCAGUAAUAAACUGCCGUGUGUGCCAGUCUCUAAUCAAUUUGGAUGGCAAGCUUCACCAGCAUGUGGUUAAGUGCACGGUGUGCAAUGAAGCUACACCAAUCAAAAACCCUCCAACAGGGAAGAAAUAUGUUAGAUGCCCUUGUAAUUGUCUCCUCAUUUGUAAGGACACAUCUCGGCGAAUAGGAUGUCCAAGACCUAACUGUAGACGCAUAAUUAACCUUGGUCCAGUAAUGCUUGUUUCUGAAGAACAACCAGCUCAACCUGCAUUGCCAGUGCAACCAGAAGGUACAAGAGUCGUGUGCGGGCACUGUGGAAACACAUUCCUGUGGAUGGAAUUGAGGUUCAACACUCUGGCAAAAUGCCCACACUGCAAAAAAAUCUCCUCAGUGGGUAGUGCGCUUCCACGAAGACGCUGCUGUGCAUAUAUUACCAUUGGAAUGAUAUGUAUUUUCAUCGGCAUUGGAUUAACUGUUGGCACCCAAGAUUUUUCCAGGCGAUUUCAUGCAACCUAUGUUUCUUGGGCAAUUGCUUAUCUCUUAGGUUUGAUCUGCCUUAUCCGAGCUUGUUAUUGGGGAGCCAUUAGAGUCAGUUAUCCAGAACACAGUUUUGCAUAAGCUUGCUUAUUUAUGCUCCAGCGAUGAAGGUGAGAGUGUCUAGCAGCUCUUGAUAAGAUACUCUGGACAUCUUUAAAUCAUGUAUCCCAAUGGAUUCCAUUCUGUUUGUGUAUAAUAGUUUUGAGACUUAGAGAGUCCUUUAUGAACAAAUGUUGAUUGCACUACAUUAUAUGCAAAUAGUUCAUUUUGCUGCUAGGUUUUCAAGCUCUGAAUAAUAAUAAAGCUGUGUUUUCAUGUUCUUUUACAUUUCUUAAAAGUAUUUUUUGAUUUUCCUCCCAUCAUUGCGUGUAACCUCACCCGUUUAUCGUUUUAAAAUCAGUUGCUCCAUUACUUGCUAAUUUGUGAGUAUUCCCAAAAAGUAUUUAUAAAUGUUUCUAUAAUAGCUUAACAUUUAGACUUACAUUUUAAUUAGACAAUAUCAAAAUUGCUUGCUUUAAAAUCUAAGCAAUAUGCAUUUUGCUUAAACUGCUUACUGUAACUUUAUCCUAAGAUCAUAGUGACCUUAUUCAGGAAGAAGCUUUGAGUGUAUCUUCAAAGACUUGACACUGUUGUUAGAGAAAAACCAUUUCUAGACACUGUAUACUUGCUUUUUGUUGUUUGUAGAGAGAUAAAUAUUUUGGUAGUAAGUUAAAAUAAAAAAGUGAAAAUAUUUAUUUGUCCACAGUUGGAGAUGUUGGAUAAAUGUCUUUUUUCAAAGAUCACAGAACUUUUUGUCUUUCGUUUUUGUCUGUUUUACUCACCAGUUAUAAAGUUCUGGUCUGGAGUCAUGGAAUUUAAUGUUGAUCAACUGUAUGUAUUCCUUUAUAAAACCUGGGAGAGGUAUUUCAUACAACAUGUUUUAUAAUACUCGACCAUUUAAACAAAGGUAUACUUAUAUUGGGUUGUCUUCUUUUCAUUAGACUAUGCUACAUGUUUCUUAUUGGGAUAAUUAUGUACUCCUUAUGUGUGAUGGGAGCUUAUGACCGUUUACAUUAGCUAAAAUGUUGAGACUAGAGGUUUUUGACCAUUCUUCUCAAAUAUAGCUGGUCAGAUAAUUACCCUCUUUAUUAAAAAAGAAAAGAAAAAAAACAGAUCAGAAACAAAAAGCAACCUAGUUUUCUAAGAUUUCACUAGGACUUAAGGACUCAGCUCUCGCACUGCCCAUCUUUGCCGUUUUGAAAAAGAAAUUGCUUAAUUGAGAAAUAAUGCUCUAAAGUCUAUAAUGUAAUAGAAUUAGAUAAUGAGAUACUCUGAGUAAAUUAAUUGGCUAUUCCAGGGCUAAGAAUAAUUAAAUUAUUUAUGUUCCUGGUUUGUAUAAAAAAUAUACUUAUCAGAGAGUUUGUAACAAAAUAAAUGUAAACUUCAAAGAAUGAUAAAUGUAAAAAUGCAGUAGCUCAGGAUUAUAUGUACCUUUGAAAAUACACUAAUAAAGAUUAUUGUUCAAAAAUUACCUUGUUCUAGUCCGUUUUUUAAAUAUCAUUUCAAAAAUUACCUAAAUAUCUUAUUCUAAAGGAAUGUUCUCAUCUUUAAGAAUUAUAUAAUAUUCAUUUAUUUUUUCUAGUAUUUUCGUGGUUUUAUUUACUGUUUUUUAUUGUGUUAAAACAUAAAAUUUCCAUUUUAAUCAUUUUUAAGCAUACAAUUCAGUGGCAUUAAUUAUAUUCACAGUGUUUUAUAACUAUCACCACUUUCUAUUUCUGAAACUAUUCAUCACCCAAAACAGAAGCUCUAUACCCAUUAAGCAAUAACUCCCCAGUCUCUCUUUCCAGGUCCUGGUAACCGCUAAUCUCCUUUCUGUCUCUAUGACUUUGCCUAUUCUAGAUAUUUAAUAUAAAUGGAAUCAUACAAUAUUUGUUCUUUUGUGUCUGGGUUAUUUCACCUGGCAUAAUGUUUUUAAGGUUCAUCUGUGUUAUAGUAUACAUCAGAACUUUAUUCCUUUUUUAUGGCUGAAAAAUAUUCCAUUGUAUAUAUGUAUUAUAAUUUGUUUAUCCAUUCAUCUGUUGACAGACACUUGGAUUGUUUCUACCCUUUGGCUAUUGUGAAUAGUGCUGCUAUGAAUACUAAGAGUAGAAAUAAUCUGUUUGAGUUCCUGUUUUUAAUUGUUGUUGUGUGCCUUCAAGUCGAUUCCAACUCAUAGUGACCCUGUAGGACAGAGUAGAACUGCCCCAGAGGGUUUCCUAGGCUACGGUCUUUACAGGAGCAGAUCUCCAAGUCUUUUCACCCCUGCAGAGCCGCUGCUGGGUUCUAUCAACCUUUC